AUGGCACAUUCUGUAAAGUAAAUUAGUCAUUAUAAAUAUUUAUAAGGUAAAACAAAUGUAUAUUUUUUUUAAAUAUUUGGUUACUAAUCUAAGAAAAAAUACUAGACUUUCAUUAUUGACGACUGCAUUUUUACCAUUACCAUGUAUAUAUAGUUAGUUUCUCAAAUUGAUUUUUAUUUAUUAACUCACUCUACAUUUGUAAAUGAUGCGAAUACUGAUAUAUAAAUAUCAAUAUGUAUAAUGGUGCAUUAUUAUUAUUUAUUAUUGUUUUAACAUUAGCACCAAAUAAUAAAUUAAAUUGAGAAAAUGAAAGUCAGAUCAGGAUUAAAAAGUUUCACCAUCUGUGAAAUAUUUAAAAUAUAUAUGUAUAUUUCAUAUAUAUACAUAUAUAUAUAUAUAUAUAUAUAUAUUUAUUAACAUUUAUAAUAAUUAAUUUAACUCAAUUGCUUUCUUUCUGUUUGACAGAUAAAUGAGACGAUUGAAACUGUGAGAUGAAAUUAUUUGAAGAUUAAAAAAUGAGAAAAUUGGUUUAAGAAGACAUGGAUUUAAAUGCAUGGCUUGAUAAUUUUCUAGUUUGAACAAGUCUCGACACUAUUACAAUAGAAUACUUGAAUUUUUUUUGAAAUCUUUGAAUCUUAUUUAAAAGCGAUAUUUAGAAAUAAAAUUAGAUAUAACCAAAUAUUAUGAUUUAACCUAAAAAUAGGUUAAACGGAGAUUGUAAGGUUUCAAGAGGGGACGUAAGCUGGAUUAAACGAAUUCUUUCUUACAAAACGCAUUUCUCAGAUUCGAAGGUUAAGCCCAAGAUUCUUUUACGAAUGGAAAUACGUAUUGUUUCAAUCAUAAUGAGAUUCAGAUUCCUUUAUAUUAAAAAAAAAAGAAGAUAUUUCAUGUUUUUAAAUUUAUGUAGUAUAACAAUUCGUUUUAUAAUCUAUACUUUUUCUUAUUUCAUCGUGCACAAGUUUCAAGUAUGUCAAAAGUUAUAUUGAACGAUGGAAAUACAUUUUUUAUGAGAUUUCAAAGUUAAUUUUUUAAGUGAAACAGUAUAUUUUUGUUUUUAUGUUCUAAUACAGAACAUAAAAAUGUAAAUCAUAAUAAUUAUAUCUUUUGCUUUGUAAACUGCUACACAUAUAUAUAUAUAUACUAUUUAUUCUCGAGAUAUUCACAUUUGAAAACAGUUACAACUUUUUAAAUACAUACGCGGCAGAUUGAGUUACAAAUAUGUACAUCUUUAUAUAAUACUUUGAUAAAACUGGAAAAAAUUUAACCAUUCAUUCAUUGGAUCAAUAAUUUCAAUAAUAUCUAAUAUUUAUUUUCGAAUAUGAAUAUAUCGCUGUAUAAAUACUUAGCAAAUCACAGUUACUUCCAGACAAAUAUCUUAAGAUUAAAUGGUCUUGAUGACAUAAUUGGAAUCGUUGAAUUUGUUCUUUAUCGGGAAGAAAUAUAUAGUUCCAUUUAAAAGAUCACUGAAGACCUCGUAGGAAAACUAGGAAAAUUUAUCUCCAUCGUUCAAAAUAACCGUUGAGAUAGUGAGAUGUUCUCUCAUACAACAAUAAAUAAAGCAGAUAUCUAGAUGAUCCCGUUUAAUUGAGACACCCUGUAUAUGUAAACAAUAUAAAUACGCAUUCAGAGAAUAUAUUGAAUAUUACAACGAGAUAUUCUUAUAAUCAAUUUCAAUAUUUAAACAUACUUAAUAUUUAGUAGAUCUUAGAUUUGUCAACCUGUUUUUUUUUUUUUUUAAAGUUAAUUUUAUUACUUUUUACAGGUGCACGUGAUGAGGAUACGAGCGAAAGAAAGAAUGUAGACACGGUUGUUGUUUUGCCAGCCGAAACAAGAGAUCAGAUGCUGUCAGCAACUUUCGAUUUCCCUGAUGUGAGCUUCGAGGACAGUCUUGAAGACUCGGCCUGGAAUUGGAACAGGUGGUUCAGAUCGAACUUGUUCGACGGAUUGUACUCGAACUUGCAAGGUACGUUAACCAAAGCAUUUCUUAUAAUUAGACUGCCGAUUUUUUUUACGCAUUUUAUGCAGUCAAUUCAUAUUAUGUGCAAAACUACAGAGAUACCGUGCUUUUUGUAGAAUCUAGCAGGAUGAUCUUCCAUCAAGGUCCUGUUUUUUUUUUAAUUACAUUUCGAAAAGUAUAAAUUUGCAUAAAAAUCCGCAGUCCAAUUACGUGUACUGUAAACAAUUUGAAUGUGUUUCUGAAACACUUUGUCGACGAGAAGCUUUCGAACAAUUACGCGGACAAAUCUUCAGGAAAUGAAAAUGAAGAAAGCAACAAAAUAUAUUCUCGAUUGUCUCUUCGAAGGUAAUUAAAAUAUUGAUAUAAAAAUUUCUUUAGGCUUCUAUAUUAUUUAUUUCAACGUUCAAAUUAUAUUUCUAAAGGCUAAUCUAAUCUAAUCAGAUUAAUCAAGAAACUUCGUUCAACAUUUUUCGCAGGAACAUAAAUUGUUUUAACGUUGAUAAAAUUGUUAAUAAAUUUCUGAUGUAAUUUUCUAGUUAUCUGGUAAUUCGUUUAUCUCAUCAUUAAAGUAAAGUUUUUUGUAUUUAUUAACAUUCAGAAUGUUUCAUUAUUUUAAGUUUCUGAAUUUUUUAAUUCAGCAAAUGA